AUGUCUUGUUUCACGCUGCCAACUGUCGAUCAAGGCAAGCAAUCCCACCUCUUUCGUCUACCAAUUGAACUGCGGCAGCGAAUCUAUCAAUACGUCUUGACUCCAGCUCAUGUGCACAUUGAACGAAAGGUCGAUUACAAACUCACUCUUUCCGGCAUUAGAAUAGCUGGUUCCGUUCGUACAUCCAAUCGAAGCACCACUGAAGAUCGUGUUGAUAGUCAACGCCUGUUCCAUCGCACACAACCAUCGCCUAGAUGGAACUGCGAAAAGAUCUUUGUGGACCCAUCGACAUCCUUUGAAAUCAAUGACAGAGAAACUCGCCAGGAUGCUCGGAAAGCCUUGUUCAAUAUCUAUUACUGUCGAAGCCAAAAGCCGGGCGGACCCAGUGCCGUCCCUCCGGGAUACCUGGAUCAUGAGGACUGCAGCGGCGACAAGGAGCAAGUGGCCUUUUUGGGAAGCAAUAUGCUCGGAUACUUGAUGACAUGCCAGUGGGCGUAUAACGAUUGUCGCGCUCAUGGCAUCACAACAGACUCGGCCGUGGCAUUCACGCCAUAUCUCUCCCGGGAUGUUGAGAAACUGGAGCUGGGAUCGCACACUCUGCAUUUCAGCGAUUUGCAGGAUAUCGUCUGCUGGACUGGCCUUGUCACGCCUCAGUUGUCUGAGUCUCUUAGUAAAUUGUCUGUUCAUGUUGACACUAUGGACAGUCCCUAUUGGAGCAGAUUUUGCAAGUCGUACCUUCAGCCAUGGGCUCCCAGCUGUUUUGAACCCUGGGAAUGGGAACCCAAGGACAAAUAUGCGGAUAGUAUCACCUUUUAUCACAACCACACAACGCACGACCUGGCAAUUAUGAAUGGCGACCAGGAGGACCGAGACGAGAUUGCUGAAGCUUUGGCAAGCACUUGGGUUGUGCCCAAUAUCCAGUUCAACUCUACUUCAGGUUCCGGGAGUACAAAGUUUCGUAUGUCUGCGCUGCGAGGCCGAUCCGGCGGUCCCCUGAAUCUCCGUCUCUCAUUCCCCAUCUUCUUGCGCCGAAAGGAACCCCGAUUCAACCAGUGUUUGGAAGACCCCGAUGGAGAGCCGCAGGGUUGUCUUGAUCUUCCCAUACCACACUCGGAGCUUGAGCACGAAUCUGCCAAUUUCUUCAAUCACCGACGUUGGUUGGCUGAGAGACAUGGUGAGAUGCCCAUAACGGAGAAGCUUGGCCAGUACAGUAAUUCAUACGAUCCAUCGCUUGAAGAUUACACAGACUCCAUGUGUGAAAUGGAAUCUACACUCUUGUGCCAGGGCAAUUUGUUAGCAUUGGUCAUGUACAAGAGAUGGUUUGCAGAACAUACGGACGAAACAGCAUUCCUCCUACGCGAACAGACACAACGGGAGUAUGACCGCAUGUUUGCCGAUACAUUCUUGCAAUCGAGGAAAACGCGACCAAGGAAUGACGAGAUUCUGAACCAAAUUCACCCGCAGCUGCACUUUAUGGAUAACUGCCAGGGCCUUGAGCAGUUUGAAAUGGACUUUUAUGGGGAUGCGCAUAGCCCAGGCAAGGUACAGAACAUCCAGAACGACGCGACGGAGAUUAUGCGAGAGGGUCUUCAAGAACGAUUCACAGGUCGAGGAUGGACCUCGAGUGAUGAAUCUCUGACGUUGGAAAGUCUGUUUUGGAACAUUGGUCCCCAUCCUGAAGUCAACUUCACCGGCUGGGCUGAUCCCAGCGGGAACAUGACUGACCUGAAUAUGGAUCAAAAUUGGAGAAAUUGA